AACACAAAAGUUAUCUAGUCUUGAACGAGAAUACAUGAAUACUUAUCUGUGUUCUCUUAAAACAUCUUCUGCUUUUACAUCGUAUAGAUAUAUUAAUAAGUUGAACAUUGUGUUUAUUCUUUAAUUCGGAAUAAAGGAUAUAAACAUAUAUUUAUAAAGUGUAUUUUAAAUCGGACUUACUUGUGUAAUACAUAGCAAUCGAGUCACAAGGAAGGACAUAUUUAUACAGUUCUAUACAUUGUAUCUUCAUACAGCGAGGACCUAUUUGAUAUUCUAAGUGACUUUUGUGACAUAUUAAAUUCAUGAAAAACGCAGGUACAAAUGAUCUUUUCCGGAAAUAAUCCAGAGACCAGCCAAAUGGCUUAUAAUCCGUUUCUUCUCCAUAGGCCGUCGGACUACAGCGGCAUGAAUUCGUUGUUGGCGGCCCAAGCGAACUACCUUCCGGGCCUCGCGGGGUUCCAGCACCCUGGGCUCGCGAGCUCCAUCUUGCCCAAGCUCCAACAGAGCAUGGGGCGCGGCCCCAUCAGCCCUGCCGACUUUCUCGGAUACCAGCACUUGCGGCCCCUGCGCUCACUAGAACCUCCGGAAGCGGAAGUUCAGGACGAUCCGAAAGUGGAAUUGGAAGGGAAAGAUCUCUGGGAACAGUUCAACAACAUGAGCACCGAGAUGGUCAUCACAAAGUCCGGCAGGCGUAUGUUCCCGCCUUACAAAGUCCGCGUGACCGGCCUUGACAAACGCGCAAAGUACAUCCUGUUGAUGGACACUGUGGCGGUGGACGACUGCCGCUACAAGUUCCACAACUCCCGCUGGAUGGUGGCCGGCAAGGCGGACCCGGAAAUGCCCAAACGGAUGUACAUCCACCCGGACUCCCCGUCCACGGGCGAGCAAUGGAUGCAGAAGGUGGUGUCCUUCCACAAACUAAAGCUCACCAACAACAUCUCAGACAAACACGGAUUCGUAAGUACGAUUCUGAACUCCAUGCAUAAAUACCAGCCUCGUUUCCAUCUGGUGCGAGCCAAUGAUAUCCUCAAGCUGCCGUACAGCGCGUUCCGGACGUACGUCUUCAAGGAGACGCAGUUCAUCGCCGUCACCGCUUACCAGAAUGAAAAGAUCACACAGCUCAAGAUCGACCAUAACCCGUUCGCAAAAGGGUUCCGUGACACCGGAAGCGGCAGAAGGGAGAAAAAACGACUGAUGUUACAAGGUACGCAUGCAACAACCGGAUGUGCAGGACGAGCAGACAACAUGGGAGUCGAACACGAAAGCGAGGCUCAUAGUGACGAUGAGGAUAACGAAAUCUGCGUCGUUGAAACAGACGACAAACCGUGCAAUUCGGACGACUCUUAUACACACAUCACUUCCGGACCUUCACCGGCUGAUCUGACAAGUGCGAGAAUUGACCACAGGUUAGAUACCACUAAAUCUAAUACGAGUCACGAUGACUCGGACGCGGAGUCGGAACCCCGACACGAGACAUCCCUGCCUCACCGACAUGAGCCGCCAUUCGUCUCGCCAGUCAAAUCCGCGUUCCCCAGGAAGAUCAGUGAAAGUGACUUUGUGAGCAGUUUUGACAGAAAUAAAUCGCCGGAAAUUCACAGCCAUGCCAGCGACUCCUCGAUGGUGCAACCAUCUACAUCUAGUCCCAUUGAGAAUCGUGUUCACCACAGUGAGCGACGUUAUUCACCAGACCCUGAGGCUCGUAGUCGAAGCCCAUAUUGUUCGGAUAACGAGGAGGUGUUUAAUAGCAAACUUUCAGAAAAAUCUGAAUCUGACAAUGAAAAAUCUACAGACAGGCGUGAUUCUAUAUCCAGUGACACUUGCACAAGUAGACUAUUAAUGAAGGAACACACUAGUCCCCCGAACGUGACAGUUGUUCAGCCGUCUGUGACGCACCCCAUGUUCCCCUAUUUCUACCCCCACGGGUACCCCAGCACCACCUCGUCUCUGCCCUACCAUAUGUUCUUAAACCAGGGCAGUUCAUCUUUAGCCGCACAUGGACUAUAUUUACCAACCACACACGGUGAUCUGAACCAUCUAUCACCUACCCAUGGCUUAUCAGCAUUCGGAGGCUUACAUAUGUCUGGACAUCCACUGUAUCCUAAUCUUUCCCCGACGUUUUCCUCCUCUUCCUCCAGUUCUGGUUCAUUAGGACCGUUAUUCGCAUCGCGGUCCGGUAGCAGGUACUCGCCAUAUUCGUUCGGAAUGACGAAAACAACCAUGGCGACCAGCACGUCACCGAUGACGUCAUCAGGGUUUAACAUGGGCUCUCGAUCGCCUACGUCACCACAUUCGGCACAAUCUAGUCUAAACCUGAGCAGACCUUCACCUAUCCGAAGCAGAAGUCCUCCUCAUCACCAUUCAUCAAGCAAUCCAAACAGUGAAUUAAAAAGUAUAGAGCGCAUGCUCAGUGGUCUGGACCGGAAACGGGAAGUAGGCCCGGACUCUACGGGCGCUAUAGUGGAAAAGUGACUAAAUAGGUACUUUUAAUAGUAACUUACGUGUAAACAAAAGGCUGUUCAUUCAUGCGCCUGAAAAGGAAUGCUCCGGACAUUGCGCAUGCGCGCUAAAUAAGGGAGUUAAUCCGUUCAAAGGGAGCGAAAUCAUGUCUCACGAACCGUAGGCCAAAACAGUGUUAACAGCAUUAAUUUGUUGCGUCUGAAAACCAGACGGAGGGAAAAUGGACCCGCUAUUAAAUGUUCUUUAGUGUUAUUUAUUUCGGAAAAUGUGUCGAGUUGUCUUAAAUAAUAUGUAAUAUUUAAGAUUUAUAUUAUAUAUGUGGGCUAUGUGCAAAGAAAGGUUUUGGUUUCUUAAAACUCUGUAUUUUGAAUUGUAUUUUACUAUUCUUUUGUGAAAUAUAAUUGCAGUGUCAGAACUUAGACAUAGAAAUGUACCAAAGGAUUUGACUGGUUAACCAAUUAAAUGUGAUUUUCCAGCUCAUGAAUUUAUAUAGGUGCUUCAGAACUUGAGUUCUGAUAAAAAAUAGAACAUUUCUAGAAUUGAACUUAAUUGUUUUAACUGUGACACUUUGAAUGAUGGUUGUUUUAUAAAAAAAAAUAGUUUUUUUUCAAAAAAUGUUUAAACCCUUCUGUUUCUAGGUUACACACAGGGUCGUUGCUAUGGAGAUGUUUACCAUAGCAACCACAUUCCCUAGUCCCUUGAUUGUUAUUGUGUAAAUGAGUGAAAGAAUGCUUGUAACUUUUCCAUUUUGUGAAAUGAUGCUAUUCAUUCAUUAUCGCUGUUAAUAUCUGAGUUCACUGAAAAAAGUUACAAGCUAUUAACAUUGUUUAAGUAGUUGUUGUUGUUAUUAUGUAUAUUAGUGACUUUUAAUAUUUUACCGAAAACGUUGUGCUAAUUGAUGUAUAUUCUGAUUGAAUGCAUGGUGUAUAAAAAUGCACGUGAAGAAACAGAAAUAAAUGUCUGAAAAUAUUAAA